CGAACGUGGUAUAAAAGGGGCGGGAGGCCAGGCUCGUGCCGCUUUGCAGACGCCGCCGCCGAGGGAAACUGUGUACUGUUAGCCAUGGUCAACCCCACCGUGUUCUUCGACAUUGCCGUCGACGGCGAGCCCUUGGGCCGCGUCUCCUUUGAGCUGUUUGCAGACAAGGUCCCAAAGACAGCAGAAAAUUUUCGUGCUCUGAGCACUGGAGAGAAAGGAUUUGGUUAUAAGGGUUCCUGCUUUCACAGAAUUAUUCCGGGGUUUAUGUGUCAGGGUGGUGACUUCACACGCCAUAAUGGCACUGGUGGCAAGUCCAUCUAUGGGGAGAAAUUUGAAGAUGAGAACUUCAUCCUAAAGCAUACAGGUCCUGGCAUCUUGUCCAUGGCAAAUGCUGGACCCAACACAAAUGGUUCCCAGUUUUUCAUCUGCACUGCCAAGACUGAGUGGUUGGAUGGCAAGCAUGUGGUCUUUGGCAAAGUGAAAGAAGGCAUGAAUAUUGUGGAGGCCAUGGAGCGCUUUGGGUCCAGGAAUGGCAAGACCAGCAAGAAGAUCACCAUUGCUGACUGUGGACAACUCGAAUAAGUUUGACUUGUGUUUUAUCUUAACCACCAGACCAUUCCUUCUGUAGCUCAGGAGAGCACCCCUCCACCCCAUUUGCUCGCAGUAUCCUAGAAUCUUUGUGCUCUCGCUGCAGUUCCUUUUGGGUUCCAUGUUUUCCUUGUUCCCUCCCAUGCCUAGCUGGAUUGCAGAGUUAAGUUUAUGAUUAUGAAAUAAAAACUAAACAAUUAUCUGUCUUGUUUGAGUUAGUGUUGAUGUAGGCUUUCUGAAACAUCACUUGUUUGCUUAAUUCUACAUAGUACUUAGAUUUUUUUUACUUUCCAGUCCCAGGAGGUGUCAAUGUUUGUUGAGUAGAAUAUUGAAAAUGUAGGCAGCAACUGGGCAUGGUGGCUCACUGUCUGUAAUGUAUUACCUGAGGCAGAAGACCACCUGAGGGCAGGAGUCAAGAUCAGCCUGGGCAAGAUAGUGAGACACUGUCUACAAAAAAUAAUUAACCUGGCCUGGUGGUGCAUGCCUAGUCCCAGCUGAUCUGGAGGCUGACGUGGGAGGAUUGCUUGAGCCCAGAGUGAGCUACUAUCAUGCCACUGUACAGCCUGGGUGUGUCUCAGAGGUAGGCAGAGGCAGGAAAAGCAAGGAGCCAGAAAUAAGAGGCUGGAUCAGUGAGUUCAUGCAUUUAGAGGUGUUCUUCAAGAUGACUAAUGUCAAAAAUUGAGACAUCCGUUAUAGUUUUUUUUUUUUUUUUUUUUUUCUGGAAUGCAGUGGCACAAUAGCUCACUGCAGCCUCCACCUCCUGGGUUCAAGUGAUUCUAGUGCCUCAGCCUCCUGAGUAGCUGGGAUUACGGGUGUGUGCCACCAUGCCCAGCUAAUUUUUGUAUUUUUAGUACAGAUGGGGUUCCAUCAUUUUGAGCAGGCUGGUCUCAAACUCUUGACCUCAGCUGAUGUGCCUGCCUUGGCCUCCCAAACUGCUGAGAUUACAGAUGUGAGCCACCGCACCCUACCUCAUUUUCUGUAACAAAGCUAAGCUUGAACACAGUUGAUGUUCUUGAGGGAAGCAUAUUGGGCUUUAGUCUGUAGGUCAAGUUUAUACAUCUUAAUUAUGGUGGAAUUCCUAUGUAGAGUCUAAAAAGCCAGGUACUUGGUGCUGCAGUCAGUCUCCCUGCAGAGGGCUAAGGCGCAGACUAUGUACAGUGAGGAGGUACUGCUUCUAGCAUAUAGAGCCUCUCCCUAGCUUUGGUUAUGGAGACUUAGGUUUUGCAAACCUGACCAAUUCAAGCCAUAAGAUCUGGUCAAAGGGAUACCCUUCCCACUAAGGACUUGGUUUCUCAUGGAAUUAUAUGUAUAGUGCUUGCUGGCAAUUAGAUGUAUAGGUUUAACAGUACAUGUCAGGACAACCUAAGCUGAGGAAACCCCUUCACUGCCCACCUUAACAGACCUCUAGAGUUGUUAACCCAGCAAUCAAGUUUGCCUAUCCUAAAGGUGUCAGAUGUGUUCAUUUGGUGUGUUCUGCAAUUUUUGUUUUACUGUCUGGUUCCUUCUGCGUGAAUUACCACCACCACCGCUUAACGCAUCUCAGUCUUAUACAUUGUCUGGUUGGUUACGUAUUCCCUGGGUGAUACCAUUCAAUGUCUUAAUGUACUUGUGGCUCAGACCUGAGUGCAAGGUGGAAAUAAACAUCAAACAUCCUUUCAUUA